GAAUUAUGGAAGGCACGUCUAGGUCUUAGGGCUGUGAUCCAGCUCUUCUAAGUACAAUCCUAUUGACCGGUGACCGGUGUGGUACUCGAGAACGAUGGUUAUGAUAAGGGAGGUACGCGUCUUGGUUUAAGUGCCAGGAAUAGAGUGACUAUAAAAUGCAUCUCCCGGCAGGUGUAAGGCUUAGUACGUUUGCUGUGACGGUGAAAGCAAAAUGGGUCUCAAGAACUUGGCGGUCUUCGGGCUGCUGUGCGUUGGUCUUGGAUUGGCAGCGGAAAUCGCCCGGUACGACAACUAUCGAGUGUAUGAAGUGCAAAGCAGCAGCGAAAAGGAUCUUCAGAUUUUGAACGAGCUGCAACAAUCGAGUGACAGUUUCAUUUUCCUGGAAAGUGGACGGAAAGUUGGUGAUAAAUCUAUCAUCGUGGUUGCCCCUCACAAAUUGGCUGAUUUUACGACCACUUUGGAGCGAGCAGGGAUAGCAUUCGCUCUUCUGGAUAUGAAUCUGCAAUCUUCGAUUGAUGAAGAGCGAUCUCGUAUACAGUCGAAGCGAAAGAAGGGAACUUUUGGGUGGAACGAAUAUCACACACUGGAAGAAAUUCACGAAUGGUUGGAUAAAUUGGGAUCGGAGUACAGUCAAGUUGAAGUGCUCAACGGAGGACGAUCCUACGAAAAUCGAACAAUAAAAGGAGUGAAAGUGUCAUACAAAACUGGCAACCCGGCCAUUUUCCUUGAGGGUGGUAUCCACGCCAGAGAGUGGAUUGCUCCAGCUACUGUCACCUACAUUUUGAAUCAGCUUCUGACGAGCUCAGACCCACAGGUUAGAAAUAUUGCCGAAAAUUACGACUGGUACGUGUUCCCAAAUGUCAAUCCAGAUGGUUACGAAUACACCUUCAACCGUGAUCGUCUUUGGCGUAAAACCCGUACUCCGUAUUCAGGAGGAUGUUACGGUGCCGAUCCGAAUCGCAACUGGGACUUCCACUGGGCCGAACAAGGAACCAGCAACCGAUGCUCCUCGGAUACC